AUGGACAGUCUCACGCAAGAUAAUUGGCGGGAAAUCGCGAAUAAGAAAAUGAAGUUUCCGCCCUCUCUGAUCACCGCAAUUUAUGACGGGAAUUUGGCCAAAGUGUAUAAGCUUCUGCAGACCAGCGACGGGAUUCUCCGGCAGUUGGAUGACACUGAAGACCGCUCCUGGAGGGAAGCCCUGAACCUGGCCAUUCGUAUGAGCAAUGAGGACAUAAUGACCGCAUUACUGCGCUGCGUUAAGUUUGAUUUCCGUCAGAUCCACGAGGCCUUGCUGGUGGCUGUCGACACAAACCAGGUGCGUGUGGUGAAGCUGCUCCUGGAGAGGCUGGACCAGGAGAAGGGAACCAGUCACAAUAAGGUGGACAUUAUGUCCUUCUCUUUAGCGCUGUUUGAUCACUCAAUUGACAGCUCCCGCUUUGCUCCCGGUGUGACACCCCUGACCCUGGCCUGCCAAAAAAACCUUUUUGAAAUCGUGGAUCUCCUCAUGAAGAAAGGCCACAUAAUUGCCACACCUCACAAGAUCUCCUGCUCUUGCCCAGAGUGCCUGAAUGCACGGCAGUAUGAUAUGCUCAAGUUCUCACUAUCUCGCAUGAACACGUAUAAAGGUCUCGCCAGCAGACCCUACCUGUCCAUCGCCAAUGAAGAUGCCAUGCUCAGUGCCUUCAAACUCAGUAGAGAACUCAAGCAACUGUCAAAGAAAGAGCCGGAGUUUAAGCCUGAGUACCUGACCCUGGAGGACCUGUGUCAAGACUUGGCAGUUGAGCUGCUGGGAAUGUGUCGGAAUCAGAGUGAAGUUACGGCUGUUCUGAAUGAUUGUGGGGAUGACAACGCUGAUGAGUUGGACAACCAGGCCUUUGAGGAAGGGAUCCCUGACCUCGCCCGGCUUCGAUUAGCUGUGAACUACAACCAGAAGAGGUUUGUGGCUCAUCCCAUCUGCCAGCAAGUCCUGACGUCUAUCUGGUGUGGGAACCUGACCUGGUGGAGAGGCAGCAAAACCAUCUGGAAAAUAUUCAUCUCCACAGGAACCUUCAUCACAAUGCCCAUCCUCUGCCUCAUCUACUGGAUUGCGCCCAAAUGCAAGGUUGGACAAAUAGUUAGAACACCAGUCAUUAAGUUUCUUCUUCACUCAUCUUCCUACGUCUGGUUCCUAGUGUUUCUUAUUGUUGAGUCUAUUCUGGCUCAGGAGAACAGGGACAUUGCUGCAUCCAGAAAACAGCCGCUACAAGAGAACUCCUUUCAUAUGAUCUGGGUCGUUGGUUUCUUUUGGUAUGAGUGCAAGGAAGUGUGGAUUGAAGGCUUACGCAGUUACCUGUUAGAUUGGUGGAACUUCCUGGACGUAGUCAUCCUCAGCAUGUACCUGUCCUCCUUUGCUCUCCGCUUGGUGGUCACUGUGAGUGGACAACUCUAUUGUUCAACAAACCACAGCUCUCUGGAAUGUUACUACUUCACAGAGGCCGACAGACACACUUGGCAACAAGAAGAUCCUCAGAUCCUGGCGGAGGUGUUGUUUGCCAUCACCAGCAUGCUGAGUCUAGCCCGACUCACCUCCAUACUGCCCGCUCAUGAGACCCUGGGAACCCUCCAGAUAUCCAUCGGAAAAAUGAUUGACGAUAUGAUGAGGUUCAUGUUCGUGCUGAUGAUUAUCCUGACGGCUUUCCUCUGUGGUAUUAACAACAUUUACGUUCACUACGUCGAUCUGGAUCGUCUCGGAAAUUUUAAUGGGACGCUGCAGUUCCUCUUCUGGUCCAUGUUCGGCAUGGAGGAACCUAAAUCAGUGGACCUCUCACAGUUCAUGGUCGCUGAGGUUGUCGGUCGUGUUCUUUAUGGGAUCUUCACCAUCGUAAUGGUCAUUGUUUUGCUGAAUAUGUUGGUGGCCAUGAUCACAAAUUCCUUUCAGAAAAUUGAGGAUGAUGCAGACGUUGAAUGGAAAUUUGCUCGCUCGAGGCUUUACCUUUGCUAUUUCCGGGAGGGGCUGACUCUGCCAGUUCCCUUCAACAUCAUCCCAACACCCAAAUGUUUGUUUUAUCUACUUAGGUGGAUUUUGCGAGGAUUGUGUUGUAUAAAAUCCGCAAAACAGGACUACCCUCCACUGCCCACCUCUAUUCCCAAUGUUCCUAUGCAAAGUGACAAUUUCCGUGCGGAGAAAAGAGCAUCUUAUCGACUCCAGGUCAUUAGUACAUUGGUUCACAGAUACAUCGAGCAAUCCAGGCAAGAGUUUGCAGAAAAACAGAGGAAGGACCUGGGAAACCGUAUCACAGACCUGAGCACAUUUGUCGGACGCCUUCAGUCUGAAAUCAAACACCUGCGACAGAGCAUGGCUUCCGGAGGCUCUGCCGGGAAAUCUAACGAAGCUUCCAGCGUUUUGGGGAAAUAUAUCCUGGGAGCGCGCAAUCGCUUCCAAGAUCCCGAACCUGAAUCCGUGUCAAACUCAGACUCCGGAUCCCGGAAAACUUCCUUCAAGAUCACAGUCCAUCAGGAUUGUGCGGAGGAGCAAAUCGCAGCUGCCACCGGAGAGAGCGAUGAUGAUUCUUCAGAUCAGACUGACCAAGGAUUGGGUACCGAUCAAUCAUCACCCAGUUCCGACACCGCUUUCCCAACUGAGGAAUGUUCUGAAGAGGAGAAAUAA